ACUUAUGCUGACAGGUGAUAUUGGGGAAGCAACGCUAUUGUGUGUGUACGUUGUAUUAUUUUUUUAAAAUGUCGCGAAAACUUGGAGUAAAUAUAUUUAACGAAAAAUUGCGCAAAGAAUUUUCGUUUAUUAAGAAAGCGAAGACCGAAAGUGAUGUCCUUUGCGAAGUGUGCAACACGGGUUUUAGUAUUAUGCAUAGUGGUCGCCGAGAUAUUGAGCCGCAUAUUAAAUCAAAAAAUCACCAAAAUGCAUUGCACGCUGCCACGUCCAGCCACACACUCAAUAGAUAUUUAAAAAGUUCUACUUUGACCGGAACAGAUGCCCAUAUCGCGGCGUGUGAAGGCGUUUGGGCAUUUCAUGUGAUAAGUUCUAAUCACAGUUUUCGCUCGGCCGAUUGCGCUUCCAAAAUCAUUCGGAGUUGUUUCGCAAUGUCCAAAUUUUCUUGUGCGCGAACGAAAUGCGAAGCCAUCGCAACCGGAGUGCUCGCACCGUUCGUAUUGCAAGAGCUCCAGAAAGACUUAAAUGACUGCCAUUUCUUCACUAUAUUGACGGACGCCUCUAAUCAUGGCAGCACAAAAAUGUUUCCGAUAUUAGUUCGCUUCUUUUCGGAAAAGGAUGGCGUCAAAGUGAAAGUUAUAGACUUGGUAGAUGCAUAUGGAGAAAGUUCCGAAAUAAUUGUAAAUUUGCUGAAUAGCGCUAUGAACAAAUUGAACAUAAAUAAGAAACUAGUUGCGUUUUGUGGAGAUAACGCGGCGUGUAAUUUUGGCAACGUUAAUCGAACCGGCACAAAUAAUGUGUUCUACAAACUGAAGCAGCUUUAUCCUGGAUUGAUUGGCGUUGGAUGUGCAGCGCAUAUUGUUCACAAUACUUUAAAAAAAGCUUGCGACAAAAUGCCUUUUGAUGUGGAGAUGAUUGCAGUCAAAAUUUAUUCACAUUUCUAUUUGUUCACCGUGCGUGUCGCAAAAUUGAAAAAAGUUUGUGAAUCCGUGGAUGUGGAAUAUAAAAAACAGAUAGGUUACAGCAAAACUCGUUUCCUAGGCUUGUUGUCAUCAGUCGACUCAAUAUUAAGAAUUUUUGAUGGUCUUAAGGAGUAUUUUUUUGGGAGAUCCCAACACCCCAAAUUCUUUGCUACUAUUUUUUGAAGAUCCAAGAGCCAAGAUGUGGCUGCUUUUCCUUCGUGAUCAAGCAUCUAUUUUCAACAGAACAGUUAAAGCAGUGGAAAGCGACAAUAUUAAUGCAAUGGAAGUUGGGCAUGCACUCAAUUCUUUUGUCCAAUCGCUCGAAUCUCGGAAAAAAGAAGCAUUUUUGUCCGCUACAGUGCAAAAGGAAAUGGAACAUAUUUCUGCUAGUGACGAAAGAGUGUCAAAAGAAGAGAUGCAAGAUCUCUCACGUCAAUUCUAUGAAUCAUGUAUAAAAUAUAUUGAAAAGUGCAAAGAACAAUUUGACCAUAUUAUGAUUUUUGCCUGGUGUGCGCUUGAUCAACCACCGCAAUGGAAGUUUAUCGAAACCACCGCGAAGUACAUCGCAACCAAUAACCAUUUUGAUCUGGAAUCAUCCGAUACUGAUUUAUUCGAUCAGUUCACGUAUUUGGAAAGAUUCGUAACCGAAGAGAAAAUCCAAUCAUGGGAAGAAAAUGGUACUGCCACCGAUCAACGCUGAAGGAAAUUGCAUCAAAUGAAAAAUACGCAUUCAAAAAUGCCAAUCAGAUCGACGAAAACAAAAAUAAGUAUGCUGAAAUUUGUAUGCAAAUAACGAGUUUGGAUAUCGAAAAAUAAACUGCUUUCUCCAUAACUUGACCAUAAAUAGAAAUCAAAUUAAAUUAAAUUGCAUUUGCAAGCACCGUUUUUUCAUUAAUU